AUGUUUGGUGGUGUCUUGUCUGUGCCUGUGAAUAAUCAUCACUUGCGCAAAUCUGGAAACAGACUCAUCACCACUAAUCUUGGAGAAAAUGACUCGAAGAGCGCAAGUAUGCUACUAGGUUCAAUUGCCAAAUUGCGAAGUCCUCUGCUCCUUAAAACUCUAAAGGUUGCUCUGUAUAUCGGAGGUCUUUAUGUUUGUGGAAAGGUUGGAUGGGAAUCUGUAAUGAGAAUGGGAAUAGGGACACGAGAACUGUUCUUCUAUGAGACAUUUCUGUAUUAUAACCCUCUCCUUCUCAUUACGAUGAUGGUUUGGCUGUGGGGUGUUAAUUUGUGGGUUUUUGCUCGGUCUGGAGUAGAUUAUGCAGCAAUCUUUUAUCUAGGACCAGAUCAUCUCACUCACAAAGAGAUAUGGAAGUGUGCUAGGUGGAUGACGACAAUAAUACUGACUAGCAUGACUGCAUAUCUGUAUCUAUACUCGCACGGGGACGUGUCGUUGGCUGCAUCUCAACCAGUGGUUUUGUAUUUCUCUGCUGUGUUAAUUCUGAUCAUACCUUUCAAUAUCUUCUACAUGCCGUCUCGUUACUACUUGUUAUGGACUUUUUGGCGCAUUCUCUUCCCUGUGCAGACGGUGACGUUUUCAGACUUCUUUCUAGCUGAUAUCCUGACUUCUAUGUCAAAGGUUCUGUCGGAUUUAGAACGGUCUGUAUGUCGUAUGGUCCAUCGACAGGUAGCAACUGUUGCAUGGUUUGAAGCCGAUUCGGUUUGCGGUAGUCAUUCUGCUGCAAUCCCUUUGGUUCUUGUUCUACCGUAUCUCUUCAGGCUGUUCCAAUGCAUCCGUCAGUACAAAGAUAGCAAGGAAGUUGCAAACAUCUGGAAUGCUGGCAAAUAUAUGACGGCGGUGCCUGUCAUCUUUCUAUCAGCUCUCAAGUAUUACAUAGAUCCUGAUACAUGGACUUACUCCAUUCAGCCUGCUUGGAUCCUCGCUGGCCUUGCCAACACUUUCUUCUCCUUCUUUUGGGACAUUUUACGCGAUUGGGAUCUAAGUGUCUUCACUCGGAUUUUCAAAUUCACAAGACCAAACAUCUGCUCUCAUCUUCUCUAUGGACGCCGUUGGGUGUAUAUAUGGGUGAUUGGAAGCAAUCUGGUGUUAAGGUGGACAUGGACAUACAAGUUAUCAGCUCAUCUCCGUAACAACUACAUCACAGUCUUCAUCAUCACUCUUCUGGAGAUUUACAGGCGGUUCCAAUGGGCGUUUUUCCGUAUAGAGAACGUGUGGAACAAGAUCAACAACCCCAAGCGUACUUCUUCUUCUUCUCAUCAGUCUAAUCCUCAACCACUCCAAAACGAUGUCGUCAGCGAACGUGAGAAGUUAAUCGCUUAUAGUCACAGCCUCGGUGUAUAA